AUGGCGUCCGAGGCGGCGCGGCGGCGGCAGGAGAUGGCGGUGGAGGGGCAACGGCACCUGGAGGAGACCAUCGCAGCCGCGUUCCAGAUCCUCGUAUCCAUGAACGACGAGCUCUGCAACGCCGGCCUCUGGUCCUCCUAUUCCGUCUCGGCCGCCGCCGCCGCCGCCGCUGCCGCUGCCGCUGGCUCCCAGCACCAACACUCUGCUACUCCGCCGCCGCCGCCACACUCUGCGGAUUCCGACGCCGCCGACGCAGGGGGCGCGCCCGGCCCCGGCGGAUCGCUCGACGAGGCGAGGCACCGCUACAAGUCAGCCGUGGCGGCGCUGCGGGCCUCCAUCUCUGCCGUGUCGUCCUGCGCUCAGGACAUUGGAUCAACAGAAUCCGAAGCUGACCAUGCUGAGAUUGAGAGAUUGGAAGAGCACGCUUCUGCUUUGAGAAAGGAGAUUGAAAGCAAAAACAAGCAAGUAAAGCUCCUCAUGGAUCAGCUCCGUGACCUAAUAACUGACGUAGCAAUGUGGCAGAGCCCUUGCUCAGUGUGA